AUGAGGCUAUGCAGGGCACACCUUGGCAAGGACCUUCACGGCUUCAGGCACUUGAGCGAGGCGUUCAUGGCAUUGGGAACCCAGAGACUCGCCCAUUCCGCUCUGUGGCUGGUGCACCAAUGCGCCCCCCUCCUCUACCCUCCCCUUCGAUGCGUCUCGUUGGACUCGAUCAGUGUUGCGCUAUCGCUGUCGCUUCAUAUCGAUAACGUUGUCCAAGCGGACUGGGAAGACGUCUCAGAACGGGACCCAAUGCUGGGGAGAAGCCUGCAAGUCGACGGGCCUCAAUCAAAGAUGGUGCAGUGA